CGGCAGACGCGGGAAGAUGGCGGCAGCGGCGGCGGCGGCGGCGGCCGAGCAGCAGAGUUCCAAUGGGCCUGUAAAGAAAUCCAUGCGAGAGAAGGCUGUUGAGAGAAGAAAUGUCAACAAAGAGCACAACAGUAACUUUAAAGCCGGGUAUAUUCCAAUUGAUGAAGAUCGGCUGCAUAAAACCGGAUUGAGGGGGAGAAAAGGCAACCUAGCCAUCUGUGUGAUUGUCCUCCUGUUUAUCCUGGCUGUCAUCAAUCUAGUUAUAACUCUUGUCAUCUGGGCUGUGAUUCGCAUUGGACCAAAUGGCUGUGACAGCAUGGAGUUCCAUGAAAGUGGUCUUCUUCGAUUUAAACAAGUAUCUGACAUGGGAGUUAUUCAUCCUCUUUAUAAGAGUACAGUAGGAGGAAGGCGAAAUGAAAACUUGGUCAUCACUGGCAACAACCAGCCUAUUGUUUUUCAGCAAGGGACAACAAAACUCAGUGUAGAAAAGAACAAAACUUCUAUCACAAGUGACAUUGGAAUGCAGUUUUUCGACCCCAGGACUCAAAAUAUCUUGUUCAGCACAGACUAUGAAACUCAUGAGUUUCAUUUGCCAAGCGGAGUGAAGAGUUUGAACGUUCAAAAAGCAUCUACUGAAAGGAUUACCAGCAAUGCUACCAGUGAUUUAAAUAUAAAAGUUGAUGGGCGUGCUAUUGUGCGUGGAAAUGAAGGAGUAUUCAUCAUGGGAAAAACCAUUGAAUUUCACAUGGGUGGAAACAUGGAAUUAAAAGCUGAAAACAGCAUCAUCCUAAAUGGGACUGUGAUGGUCAGCACAAGCCGUCUACCAAGUUCGUCCAGUGGAGAGCAGCCAGUGGGUGACUGGGUGCGCUUCAAGCUCUGCAUGUGUGCUGACGGGACACUCUUCAAGGUGCAAGUAACCAACCACAACAUGGGCUGCCAGAUCUCAGACAAUCCUUGUGGAAACACACAUUAGAAGAACUCUAGAGGUUGUCAGUAUAUUCAUAUCUUGCCUUUUUAAAAAAUAUGCAUGCAAAUCAUGUUUUUACAGAGUUUGUGAUAACUCGUAAUUAUUUUACCUGGAGGUCACUACUGUAUUAUGUAGUCUCCUUAAUUAAAACAUUUUUCAGUGCCUGAAUUCUAAUAGAUUUUAUUAAGUUGCACUGGUCUUCAAAAGAUAGUUCUUUAAGUAACUUAGUUAAUAAAAUUAAUCUUUAAAGAAGUAUUUUUUUAAAUUUUAUUAUCCUUUAUCUAAAAGAUAAAGGGCUGAAACAAACUAGUUAGACUCAUCAUCAGUCAGCUUUUGGGGAUAGACCCUAAGAGACAUUUAAAAGAUAGUCCAUCAAUGGUCCAUGCUGUUUUGGCUGCUAAAAGGGAAGAUGCACAUUAAUCUUGUGCAUUAAUCUUGAGCCAUACCCUUCCAUGCAAGUGAAGUCAUUAAGGAAUCUAAUACAUGUAAGAUCCUGUUCUGCAAUAUAUUGUUUAUUUGAAAUAAUGGUUAAUAUUAAGUGCUCACAAAGUGUUAGACACUAAAACACUAACCACUAAAACACAAUGAUAGCUGCCAUUCGCUGAGCACCUUACGGUUCCUAGAUAGUGUCCUAGGCAUUGCAUGUUUAAAAUCUAAUUUGCACUGCAGUUGUAAAGUAGGUGUUACUGUUCGAUCUUUUCCCAUUAGGGAACUGAGGAACAGAGAAGUUAAUUUGUCUCACAGCACAUCGUAGAUAUGGGAUUUCAAAUGUCAUCUUCUUUUAUAAUCUGUACUAAUUUUCAAUUAUUUAAACCUCCUGAAAGAUUGAAUAAAAAGACUAAACUUAGCUAAGCAGGUAAUAAGUAAUAAUCAAACAACAACAAAAAAAAAAAACCCUGUGCUAUUCUAACAGUAAAAUUCAUGUCAGA